ACACCUUUCGCUGCACGUCUUCACCUUCUCGGCCAGUCGCGAGCAUUCGACGGCCAUCUGAUAGCAGGGCCGCCACGCACGCACGCGCACUGAAACCUCCAUGUUGCGUUAGCGUGGGGAAAAAGAGCCGGGAAUCUAGACCAUCCAAACUAGCCCCUCGCUUCGCCACAGCAUGGCCGACAACGCGUACGGCAUCGAGACGCCACCCAAGGUGACGAGAGUCCGCCCGCAAUUGAGCUGUAUCCCCUGCCGCCAGGGCAAACUCAAGUGUAAUCGAGCCCACCCGGCAUGCGAUCAAUGUGUGAAGAGAUCACGCGAAUCAGCGUGCAACUAUGUGCCUCCGCCACCAAAAGAUCGAGGCCGCAAGGCAAAAGACAUGCGAGGCCGAAUCCGCCAUCUGGAAGGUCUUGUGGUCGACUUGAUGAACGGCAAAGAUCCGCGUGCGCUGAACCUCCCCGGCUUCAGUGACCCAUCGUCCGCUGCACGACGGCUGCCCACCCCGGAACACGCAUCGCCUGACUACCACACCAGCCACGAUGGGCCAAAGACUCAUUCCAACUCUGGAGACGAUGAGCCGCUUACUGCCAGCGCCUUCGGAGCAUUAAGGAUUAGCGAUGCGCAAACCACAUACACGGGAGGCUCACAUUGGACAGCGAUAUUGCACGACAUUAAAGAAGUGAAAAAUCUCCUGGAGAACGAGGAUGACGAUGAAGAGGAACCGGAGAAGCCUGAGCCCGAGUUCGACGAGGAGAAACCAUUUCGCUUUAGCCUUGUUGUGGGAUCACCGCCGCCUGUCAGUAAAAAGGACCUCCUUAGGAGCUUGCCACCGAAAGCAGAAGUCGACCGCCUCGUGACUCUCUGGUACAACUCUCAAGACCCGACUCUUACCAUCCAUCACAUCCCCACUUUUCAAACCGAGUAUAGGAGGUUCUGGAGCGAUCCAUCCAGCACCCCCAUCAUGUGGAUCUCACUCAUUUAUGGCAUAUUAUCCGUGGCGAGCAUAUACGAAUUACGCACCGUACCGGAAAGUCCUACUCCCGAAUAUUCACAAAAAGCCAUGAGGGCAUCAGAAAAAUACCGCACUCAUGCGGCUUCCGCGGCCGUUAUUGGUGAAUAUGCAAAGCCUAAGCCAUACACUCUCGAGGCACUGAUGGAGAUCGCCGCAGCCGAGUAUCUUGGUGGCAACGGUACGGCAACGGAAGUAUGGCUUGCGUUUGGGGUUCUUAUUCGACUUGCUUUGAGAAUGGGCUAUCACAGGGACCCAAGUCACUAUGGAAACAUUAGUCCGUUCCAUGGCGAGAUGCGCCGGCGGGUUUGGCAUUUGAUCUACCCUCUGGACGUUCUGUUUUCAUUCGCUCUCGGUCUCCCUGGUACCGUCCGCAGAUUUCAAAGCGACACCCUACCACCGCGGAAUUUACAUGAUCAUGAUCUUUCGCCCGAUAUGGAGGAGCUGCCUCCUGAAAGACCAGUGACUGAAAUAACGCCCGUAAGCUACAGUAUUUCCAAGAGCCGGUUGAUCGCUGUCUUUGCAGCUGCGGCCGAUGCGUCCCACGCCGUUACGCCAUCCUCAUACCCAGAGAUUAUGGAGCUAGACCACCGGCUCAAGGAAGCACAUGCUCUGAUACCGCCCGCACUGCGCAUGCACUCUUUGAACCAAUCAAUUGCGGACCCACCAGAGCUGAUUAUGAAUCGCUUUAAUCUUGAAAUGCUCUACCAGAAAGCACGCUGCGUUCUCCAUCGAACAUAUCUGGUCAAAGCACACGACGAUCCCACCUACGAACAUUCAAGACAAGCCUGUCUAGAGGCAGCCCUGAGACUGCUUGAGCUCCAGUCGACUAUAUACUAUGCGUGUCAACCAGGGGGACAGCUCAAACAGGUCAAGUGGUAUUUCUCUUCCCUUACAAGCCAUGAUUUCCUCCUGGCAGCAAUGCUUGCUUGCCUGGAACUGAACUUGGAAAACCAAAAAGGCACACCUCCUGGAGCGGAAGAAAUUGCGACGAGAGACUUUGCAAUCAAGCUGUUCAAAGUCAUGGAAAAUUCCAGCCUCAUUUGGGACUCAUAUGAAGCUAACUUGAUAGAUUCAGCCGAGGCAAGAAGAGCGGCCAAGGCGUUUCGUACCAUAUUGACCAAAUUACGUGUGAAGUGCCCUGUACUCAGGGCGGUGAGCAUGGUAAACCAAUCUUCUACAGAACCUUUCACUGGCGCGUCUAUCCCAAUGCCUAGCACGGCUACGGCAUCCAGCGAGCCAGGAGCAACCUUUAUGUCAAGCGAGCCGCCUCUACCAGUUGUCGAUGCUCCAGCUGGUGCCUACAAUGCUCCGAAUUCCGAUCCUCUGGGUGAUAUGCUUGACAUGCCACCAAUGAACAUUAAUUGGGAAACAUGGGACAAGAACGUCGUCACCUUUGACGAUAUGAUCAAUGAAAUCCAACAGUGGUCUAUACCACCAAACCUCGAUGCCAGUGCUUUCUCUGAGGGGUACAACAACGAUACACAUUUUGGUUAUCGCGUUUAGAUUCCCGAUACCACUCCUAGACGGAUUUCAUCAUUCUCGGCAGCAUUGAAGAUAGCCGGCUGCACUCGAGUUACGGUGACUUGUUUCAACAUCGCAGCAGGUGUUGUAUGAAAUGCGUCUUCGGAAACCUAAGAAUCAGUACCUACCUGUCUUUGACGAGAGCCGUCAUUGUAUCCCGAAGUCUUUGACAUCUACCACGAACUGCUGAUCCAGAGGAUCAUAGCUCGGGUGGCUGCAGUCAAACGAUUGUCCAACCUAUUGUAUAUAGCGAGUAACGAUUUUCAACUGCUACUUGUCGUCAACCUUGACUUUCAGC